AUGCUCGCCAGCGUACCAACAAGCAUGGAGCUCGGUGUACACGGUGCACCGAAAGCGUCGCCAACACUUCCGCCUCAACUCCCACGAUUACUUUCGCUGAAAACUCUCAACUUACCGCAACAGCAAGUAGACGACCUUGUGAACCCGGCAUCGGCGGUGCUGUCGACUCCAGCAUCAGAAAUCCUGGGCGGGCACCCACUCAGGAUUCUGGUCGCACCAUCAGGGUUCAAGGAGAGUCUAGGCCCAGAGCACGUGGCCGAUGCGAUCGAAGCAGGAAUCCGGAAGGUACUGGACGGCAAUUCCGUUAUUCUGCGCAAGCUUCCUCUGCACGAUGGCGGAGAGGGCUUUGCUCGAGCUCUAGUAGCGGCUCAUGGCGGAUCGAUUGUUGACGUGCCAGUCACGGGCCCUACCGGAUCAUUGGUCCAAUCGCACCUUGGUUUUAUUGGCAAAGACAAGAAGACGGCUGUGUUGGACAUGGCAGCAGCUGCAGGCCUUCGUUUAGUGCCAAAGGACGAGCGCGACCCAACAAUAACCACGACUUACGGGGUCGGAGAGUUGAUUAGGGAGGCGCUUGACGCAGGGUCCACAAAGAUCGUCAUCGGUUGUGGAGAUUCUGGGACCUCAGAUGGAGGGGCGGGGAUGCUCCAGGCUCUUGGUGUCCGAUUACUUGAUGCAGAUGGCAAGGAGCUGCCCAAGGCUGGUGGUGGUCGGUCGUUGGCACACUUAGCCAGCAUCUGCUGGGACGGUGUACACCCCCGGUUACGAGAGACUGCUGUUGAGAAGGUCCAGAUAGAGGCCGUAUGCAAUGUCAAGAACGUACUAUGUGGCCCCAAAGGCGUCGCGCGAGUGUACGGCCCGCAGAAGGGGGCCACGCCUGAGCAGGUCGAUAUGCUUGCAGCAUCCCUUGAGCGGCUGGCGCAAGUUGCUCAGUCGACACUUGGAGAGGACAUCUCUCAGACCCCAGGCAGCGGUGCCAGCGGUGGUCUUGGAACCGGUUUGAUGUUGUUCGGCACUACAUUGCGCGCCCGCGCUGAAGCCAUCAACGAGUACUUCGAAUUCGAUCAGGUUUUCGAAAACCAGUGGGAUUUUGUCAUUACCGCAGAGGGCUCCCUGGAUUUUCAGUCACCGAACGGAAAGAUGACGACUGAAAUUGCUCGGCGCGCAAAGAAGAACGGUGCGCAAGUCGUUGCACUAGCCGGCACCAUCGGAGAAGGCGCAGAUGGCUGCUACGGUGCUGGCAUCAAAGCCUUCACAAGUAUCCUCCGAGAGCCGGUAACCCUGGAGCAAGCGAUCGGCCAGACAGAGGCAUUGGUCAAGGACGGCGCCGAGAAGGUGAUGCGCAUGAUUAUGGUAGGGUUGGCUCUUGGACAACGGCAUCACUGA